AUGUCGAAACAAGAAUUCUUCUCUUACGAAGUCAUUGGAAAUGCGGCCGUCAUCACGUUUAAUAACCCAAGAAAGCUCAAUUCAUUUCCGAUACCUCAGUAUAAUGUUUUGGCGAGACUCAUAGCCAGAGCCAACGAUGAGAAAAGUACCACAAUUACUCUCAUCCAAUCAACCGGAAGAGCGUUUUCAGCAGGUGCUGAUUCAAAAUUUGUUGGUGAGCAGGACACCGCCUUUGAGACAUGGUUGCAAUUAUCGUUCAUGAUGCAGCAUCAUUUGACACAAACCAUCAUGGAUCAUAAAAAGAUUUUAGCUGUGGCAUUGAACGGGUUUGCUGUUGGAUUGUCGGCAUCGUUAGUCAUGUUGUGCGAUUUGGUUUAUGUACAUGAUGUAACUAAAACUUAUUUACUUGCACCGUUUUCAAAUAUUGGCAUUGUUGCUGAAGGUGGAGCGUCGGCCACGUUGCCUAUGAGGUUAGGUUGGUCGAAAGCAUCCGAAGCUUUGCUUUUAUCCAAACGUAUAUCGGGUGAAGAUAUGUUGAAAUCAGGACUCAUUAACAAAGCUUACGAUGGAAAAUUCAGUUCAGCUGAGGAAUUCAAUAAAGCGGUGUUGGAUGAGUUGCAAACUGCAACGGAAAGCUUACAUGCAGAUUCAAUUUUUGGAAUCAAAAAGCUACUCAAGGCUACAUUUAAGCCAGAAAUUUCAAAAGCAAACUCAAAGGAAAGUUACGUCGGUCUUGCCAAUUGGACAAGUGGAUUGCCCAAAGAGAGGUUCAAGAAAUUGAGCUCGGGAGAGUUGAGACAUAAGAUGUGA